UGGGGCGCGCGGAGCCGGCGCGGCCAUGGCGGAGUUCCGGGCGCUCGGGCUGGCGCCGUGGCUGGCGGAGCAGGCCCGGCAGGUGGGGCUGCUCCGGCCCACGCCCGUGCAGGCCGCCUGCAUCCCGGCCGUGCUGCAGGGCCGGGACUGCCUGGGCUGUGCCCAGACGGGCAGCGGGAAGACGGCGGCGUUCGUGCUGCCGGUGCUGCACGUGCUGGCCCAGGACCCCUACGGCAUCUUCUGCCUCGUGCUCACCCCCACCCGGGAGCUGGCGUACCAGAUCGCCGAGCAGUUCCGGGUGCUGGGCAAACCCCUGGGCCUCAAGGACUGCGUGGUGGUGGGCGGCCUCGACAUGGUGGCCCAGGCCCUGGCCCUGGCCCGCCGGCCCCACGUGGUGGUGGCCACCCCCGGGCGCCUGGCCGACCACCUGCGCAGCUCCAGCACCUUCAGCCUGGCCAAGGUCAAGUUCCUGGUGCUGGACGAGGCCGACCGCCUGCUGGAGCAGGGCAGCGCCGACUUCAGCGCCGACCUGGAGCUGAUCCUGGGCGCGGUGCCCGCGCGCCGCCAGACCCUGCUCUUCAGUGCCACCCUGACGGGCACCCUGUGCCACCUGCGGGCCCUGGCUGCCCACAGCCCCUUCUUCUGGGAGGCCCCGGCCCCGGUGAGGACGGUGGAGGGGCUGGAGCAGAGGUACCUGCUGGUGCCCGAGGCCCUCAAGGACGCCUACCUGGUGCACCUGGUGCAGAGCUUCCAGGACCAGCACGAGGACUGGGCCAUCAUCAUCUUCACCAAGACCUGCAAGGACUGCCAGGUGCUGAACAUGAUGCUGAGGAAGUUCAGCUUCCCCUCGGUGGCUCUGCACUCCAUGAUGAAGCAGAAACAGAGAUUUGCAGCUUUGGCCAAGUUCAAGUCCAGCAUCUUCAAAAUCCUCAUUGCCACUGACGUGGCUGCCAGAGGUUUGGACAUCCCUGCAGUGCAGGUUGUCAUCAACCACAACACCCCAGGGCUGCCCAAGAUCUACAUCCACCGUGUGGGACGGACAGCACGGGCAGGGAGGAAGGGCCUGGCCAUCACCCUGGUGACACAGUAUGACAUCCACCUGGUGCACGCCAUCGAGGAGGAGAUCAAGCUGCAGCUGCAGGAGUUCUCUGUGCAGGAGCAGCUGGUGCUGGACAUCCUGACCCAAGUGAACGUCACCAGGCGCGAGUGUGACAUCGAGCUGGAGGGGAUGGACUUUGAUGAGAAGAAGGAAAUCAAUAAGAGGAAGCAGAUGAUCCUGGAGGGGAAGGACCCGGAGCGGCGGGCGCGGCGCCGGGCGGAGCUGGGGCGGAUCCGGAGCCGGAACCGGGAGUGCCGGGAGAAGCUGCAGCAGCGCCUGCAACGGAGGAGGCAGCUGCAGCUGCAGGGGAAACUGCAGCGCAGGAUGGAGAGGAGGAGGAGGAGGAGGAUGGACCAGGACAAGGACAGGGACAAGGACAAGGAGGAGGAGGAGGAGCAGUGACACGGCUGGGCCUGGCCUGGAGUGCCCUGGGAUUGCUGCUGCUGUGGGAAAAUUGGGAUUGGACACUGGACUGUGGGAAAAGGGAAGAAUCCCAGAACCCUUGGGAUUGGGAUUGGGAUGGGGAUGGGGAUGGGGAUGGGGAUGGGGAUGGGGAUGGGGAUGGGGAGGAGCCCAGGGCUCAUCCAGGGGCAGCCACAGCUUCUCUGGGAAUUCCAGCCAGGAAUUCCUGCCCAAAUCCCACCCAGAUUCCCCUUUCCAGUUUAAAUCCAUUCCUUGGGCCCUGGGAUUCCCAAAUCCCAAAUCCAUUCCCUGGGAUUCCCAAAUCCCAAAUCAUUCCUUGGGCCCUGGAAUUCCCAAAUCCAUUCCCUGGGCCCUGGAAUUCCCAAAUCCCAAAUCCAUUCCCUGUGCCCUGGGAUUCCCAAAUCCCAAAUCCAUUCCCUGGGAUUCCCAAAUCCCAAAUCCAUUCCCUGGGAUUCCCAAAUCCCAAAUCCAUUCCCUGGAAUUCCCAAAUCCCAAAUCCAUUCCCUGGAAUUCCCAGAUCCCAAAUCCAUUCCCUGGGCCCUCCACCCCUCAUCCCAAAUCCUCUCCAGCUCCUCUGGGACUCCCUGCCCCUCUGGAAGCAGCUCCAAGUUUUCCCUGGAUCCCCCAUUUGCACUCAGGGGGUUUCCAGCAGGUUUUCCUUGCUCAUCCUGCUCUCCCCGUGAUUAAUUUCUCCCCUCAUUAACGCUCUGGCUGGGCUGUGAAUAAUUAAAAUCCUCAUUAGUGAGGCCUCAGCCAGGAGGGGGCUGGGAUGGAGCUGCUGCCAGACACAAAAAUGCACAAAAAGCACAAAAAUGCACAAAAAGCUGCAGCCAGACCCAAAAACGCAUCUUUGUCACCUUUGCAGCACAAGAUUGUCCCCCCUGGAAGCACAAAUUAAGGAAUUCAUCAGGGUGGUCAGGUUAAUGAGGAAUUCAUCAGGGUGAUCAGGUUAAUGAGGAAUUCAUCAGGGUGAUCAGGAAUUCAUCAGGAAUCCAUCAGGGCUGCAGAGGCCCCAGAGGGAGGUGUGGGUGCCCCAGCUGUGAAACAACCAAAAAAUGAACCAAAUCCUCUGGGAUUGGGGCUGGGAUUGGAACCAAAUCCUCUGGGAUUGGAACCAAAUAAAUCCUCUGGGAUUGGAACCCAAAUCCUCUGGGAUUGGGGCUGGGAUUGGAACCAAAUAAAUCCUCUGGGAUUGGAACCCAAAUCCUCUGGGAUUGGGGCUGGGAUUGGAACCCAAAUCCUCUGGAAUUGGAACCCAAAUCCUCUGGGAUUGGGGCUGGAAUUGGAACCCAAAUCCUCUGGGAUUGGAACUCAAAUCCUCUGGGAUUGGAACCCAAAUCCUCUGGGAUGGGGGCUGGGAUUGGAACCAAAUCCUCUGGGAUUGGAACCCAAAUCCUCUGGGAUUGGAACCCAGAUCCUCUGGGAUGGGGGCUCUGGACCAGCCCAGGGAGGUUUUGUCCUGGCUGGGGCCGGGUUUGAGGGAGGUGCUGGAGAGAAAUGGGAUUGAGCAGGGAGGAAGGAGGGAAUCCUUUGUGACCAGCCCCAUCCAUCCCAGCCUGGAGAAGGAUUUUAUUUAUUCCCAAAUGCUGAGCACAGGCCUGGGCUGGUCACAACGCAUUUCCAGAAGGUUCUGGCAGGGAUGAGAUGGCUCCAGGCCAGGGAGGGGACACUGGGCAGGGCCUGGGGGAGCUCAGGGCUGGCCCAAACCUGCUGUGGAAAUAAUUUUGUGUCAAUUUUGUGUGGUUUUGUGUCAGUUCUGUGUCAGUUUGCAAUGGAAUCAGCACACGCUGAUCGGAUCUGCUGCGUCCAAAACAGACACAAAGAAAAGUUUGGAAAUUUCUGACCAAACAGCCAAAGAAAGCUUUGAAAUAAAGGAAAUCAAGAGGUGAGGCAGCAA